UAUGCCCAAUAGUUCAAAUAGGUCGUUUGGUAGAACCACACAAAACAUUUCCCUCAUUUUGCUUUUCAGGAUUUAUCGUACGUUGUAUGUGAAGUUCGUUUUUAAUUGAAGUCACCCCGAUCAGUCUGCUCUAGUUGUCUCAAAUAUUUCAUAUACAAAACGUACAGUAGUUGUGGAAAUAAUACUUUGCUUCAUUUAGUUCCGUCUGAUAUGAAUGAUUUUUGACUACAUUGGUAUAUGAAUAAGUAGUAUGUUAUGGAAUUAUCGUCUUUUCUGAUUUUGGUUUGAGACUACAUGAAUCUGAUUUACCGCUGAAGAACUUGGCAAUAGGAAGAAUGGAACUAAACUACACCAAUUAAUAAAACUUAUAUAUUGUUAAUUUUGCAUUGAUUCAAGUGUUUUCUUAAACCCCGAGGAAUCAGGAUCAUUCUUAAUUUUUUUUUAACAAAAUCAAAUUCUAUAAUUGAGGUCAUUAGCUUUGUAGUUCAAAACUUAAUGUCUCAUGUAUCCUUUUAUAUAUUCACUAUGUCAUGCUCAGAUAACAUUCGGUUUCUCUACCUGAGGAAAUUGCAGGUAUUCAGAUAUUUGUAUGACAGAACAUUGGCUCACAAGAAUGCCAUUAACUUCUGCCAGAGUAUUUUGAAGAGAAAAGCUGUAGACUGGGAAUCUGUUUUUCGUUCUGAUCUAUCUACGCCUAUCCGUGAUGUAGAUCUCGUCAUUUCAGUUGGAGGUGAUGGCACUCUAUUACAAGCAAGCCAUUUAAUGGAUGAUUCCAUUCCAAUUCUAGGAGUAAAUUCAGAUCCCACUCGACCACACGAGGUGGCAGAACUAAGUGAAGAAUUCGAUGCUACAAGGAGCACUGGCUAUCUUUGUGCUGCCACUGCCAACAACUUUGAACAGUUACUAGACGGCAUCCUUGAAAAACGCUUUGUCCCAUCUGAAUUAGCAAGGAUGGCUAUUAGCAUCAAUUCAAAGCUGAUCGCAACUUCUGCACUGAAUGAUGUUCUACUCUCUCAUCCAUGCCCUGCAACAGUUUCUCGAUUCUCAUUCAGGAUCAGAAAAGAGGAGGAGCCUCUCUCUUCUUUGGUGCACUGCAGAUCGAGUGGCCUCAGAGUCUCCACAGCUGCUGGAUCAACGGCUGCGAUGCACUCAGCUGGUGGAUCUAUAAUGCCCAUUUUAUCCAAAGAGCUUCAAUAUAUGGUAAGAGAGCCAAUUUUUCCAGGGGCUAGUUCGCAAUUAAUGCAUGGAUUCUUGAAGUCGUACGAAACUAUGGACAUCGCAUGGUUUUGUAAAGAGGGGCUCGUAUAUAUAGAUGGUUCUCACGUGGUUCAUUCUAUUCAGCUCGGAGAUACAAUAGAACUAUCUUCCAGGGCGCCACCGCUAAAUGUUUAUUUGUCACCGCACUCGUAGAUAUUUUUUUCCCCCAAGUUAUGAGCUAGUUGAAAACUGAGAAUGGGAAUUUUCCUUUUUUUUUUUUUUUGUUAUGAUUAACACGGUUAUUGCUGUGUUACAGUUGCAGCAUAAUAGUGAUCAAAGAUCAAUAAAUUUGAAAGAUGGUUGCAUAGCAAACACAACAGUGUCAAUGCCUGCCCCGAUAUUUUACUCAUCAUUCAAUCUUAAUUUCAAAAUUCUGGGUUAUUUUACCGGGC